AUGACACCUGAUCAUCGCCUUUCACAUUCCUUCCAACCUAUCACCUCAUCCCCUCCUAUAUUUACCGUUGAUGGCACCUCCAUGCGCAUUAUCCAUAAUGGCCAUAUCUCGUCCCCUCACCUUGAUGAUGUUUAUGUCAUUCCCAAAUUAGCCCUAAACCUUGCGUCUAUCUGUCAGUUGGUUGAGUGGGGUCUUACUUUAAUUUUCUCUUCUAAUGGUGUGCAGCUUCAGGACACGCAGACGGGUCAGACACUUGGGACGGAUUGGUUUUCGGAUGAUGCUGCUUUUACUGCUGUUUAUAAUAUUAACCGUUUGUCAUCCUCUGUCCUUCAGGAUACCACCCCUUAUGAGAGGCUCUUCCUCCACACACCUGAUUACUCUCAUCUUCAUCAUUUUGGUUGUUCAGAGUCCCUAUUCUUUGUCUUGGAUUCCUCUUCUCCUUCUGCAGAUCCCGAACCCUUGUUUGUUUCUGAUGGUCUAUAUGUUGUUGAUCCACCACCAGCUGACCCCUUUGUGUUUCCUGAGUCUGUGACCGAUACUUCGGAAGCUCCAGUUCCUGCCGCUAGUGAUCGACAAUCCACCCGUGUAAGUCUCCCCCCGCUUAUUUACUUGAUUGUCAUUGCCAUUGUAUCUCACCAUGAACCCAAGACCUUUCGUGAGGCAAACUGUGUACAAGAAACUCACUCUGAUGGUUUUGUUGAGCACUACAAGGCUCGCCUUGUAGCCAAGGAUUUCUCGCAGGAGUACAACAUUGAUUAUGAGGAGACAUUUGCUCUCGUUGCUCACUUGACAUGUGAAGUCUACAUGACUCCUCCACCUAGUUCAGAUUUUUCAGGGAAGGGUACACUUUUACAUGGUCUUCACUUUUAUGCAAACUCUCUAUUGCUCCUUGCUGGUUUUUCUGAUGCUGAUUGGGUAGGUGAUCCCACCGAUUGUCACUCCAUCACAAGUUAUUGCUUUUUCUUGGGGAAUUCCCUUGUUUCUUGGCGUUGUAGAAAACAGACACUUGUUUCUCGCUUUAGUGCAAAGUCUGAAUAUCGUGCCCUUGCGGAUUCAACUUCAGAGCUUCUUUGGCUUUGUCGGCUUCUUACUGAUCUCAGGGUUCCUUAA